CUCACUGGAAAAUCCCACAUCAAGGCAUGUGAACUUCGGGAGCGGCUGAGGAGAAACUACUUUCACUUUUGAGAAGCGGAUAACUCAUCUCGUUUCACUGAAGAAAAACUAACUGGAACAGAAGCUAUUUGCUGUCCCCAACAUAAUAGCUGUGCAUGAUGAGAUCAAUAUGAAUGAUAACAUGUUUUACUGUACAUACUUGGCUUGUUUGUGCAUUUACUUUUAUAAAACUAUAGGUGAUUGCUUCUAAAUAAACCACGUCAUCUGGUUUUGGAAGUUGAACGUGUACAUCUGGUGUUAAAAACAGUAAUUCACUGUCAACAUGGACUUAUGUGAAUCUGGAAAUCUCAGAAGGUGGUGGUUAUUUUAUUUCCUGCCUGUGUUUCUCUUAACAAAUGAAGUGUCUCUGCAGGAGACUGUUGUGGGUUUUAUUGGAGGUUCUGCUGUUUUAAAUUGUUCUUCUAAAGAACCUCUGAUUAAAAUUCAAGACAUCAGAGUGCGCUGGAGUCACAAAGACCAGAAUGUGUAUGAGAUUAUUAAAGGUCAAGUCUCUGUGGAAAAACAAGAUCCCGAGUACAGGGACAGAACUGAAAGCUUCCCCGAGGAGUAUCUGAGAGGGAACUUCUCCAUCAAGCUCAACAAUCUUCAACACACUGAUGCAGGACUAUACAAGUGCUACAUCAUGGAGGAAUCAGUAAUCAAGAGUGUUGAGCUUUCGACUCAAGAGAGACAAGCAAUACAAAUCCCCAGCGAAGGAACAAAACCAAAACCAGAGAUGAUUGUAAUGUUCAUUUCCGUUCUAUGCACUGGCAUUAUAUUUUCAUUGGCUGCUUUUUAUUGAGACAGGACAGUAAAGAGAUGACAGGAAAGCACUGGGUGGAGAGAAGGGAGCGGGAUCAGCAAAGGAAAUGGAGAUAAGAAUCAAACUUUUGUGUUACUUUAUAUAUCUGGUCUGGGCUAAACUGUGGAUCAUUUAUUGCUUCUUUGGCAGAACAUGCAUUCAGUGACUACAUCUUUCCAGUGGUGGACAGUGGCUAAGUAUGUUUGGGAUGAUUGCAACAGAUUUUGUAUUUCCUCCAGAUGCUUUUUCUAUUGGAAAAAGGCAAAACUGACCUUAAACCCACAUCUGUCAGCUGUACACCCACACUGUAAUGAUAAACAUACCAUUUAUUUUUGAAUUGACAGUGUUAAAUGUUGACCCCAUAAAAGAACUGACCAUAUAACAGGCAGGAAUAAUGUUCUGUCCCACUCUAAUCUUAUCUGAGACAACUGUGCUUCCUCAUCCUCGUCUUCCUCUUACUAUUUUGAUAUCGCUGUGUUACAUGUACCACCCCAGUGAAAGCUUUUCCACUGCACAAAAGUUUCUUUAGUUUCUUGUUUGGCU